AUGGAUCCUUCCCGCGACCAACUGUCGGACUGGAGCUCAGUUCAGCCCACCUUCACCCCACAGCUGCAGCCUGAUGGCUCUCGGGAAAAACUCAACCACAAUUACACCUUUCACAGUGCUCUAAAUCUGCCCUCCACUUUCAUCUCCCCCUCAGAGCCUCUGCCCUCUCUGCUGCCCACCUCUGUUCCAUACUCCUCCCUCAUCGCCUUCCCUUUAUUCUCCACCACCUCUUCCUCAGGCAUUAGGCAACCGCCGUACUCCUCCUUUGAUUUAUCCUUUUCCAACUUUUCCUCUAAUGAUUUGGCAGACCUGGAGAGCAUGCUGCUCUGGACCCUCCACGAGCCCAGCACCAUUGCGCUGACCGUCAUGUACUGUCUGUCGUUCAUUUUGGGAUUCAUUGGGAAUUUAAUGUCCCUUCGAGUCCUCACCAGCCAACGCAGUCGGCAGCUAGCCGGUGUGAGUGCUACACGCAGUCUCCUGGUGAACUUGGCAGUGUGUGACCUGGCUGUGGUGUGUGUGUGCAUGCCCAUCACUCUCGGAAGCCAGAUCUACACCGCCUGGGUCUACGGUGACCUGUUGUGUCGAGCGGUGCCCUUCACGCAGGCCGUCUCGGUGUCGGCAAGCGUGUUAACGCUGACGGUGAUCAGCGUCAAUCGUUACUACAGCGUUCGAUCACCGCUGCGAGCUCGCACCAUGUUUACCCGCCGCCGGAUCUUGGCAACUGUUGCCGUAGUGUGGACAGUGUCCUCG